AGGUUGGGGGAGAGGUCGGCGACAGGAUCUUUGAUUCUAGCUCCCUUAAAUCAGCAGGACUCCAUUACCAGUAAGCUCGAUGUAUGUCUUCUUAUUCUUUAUCUUGGAUGUUUCCAUAUUUACCCUUCCAAAGAGGAAAAGAAAUUGAAAACCCAGAAUUGUAGUUUUUUUUUUAAUUGAGUGGGGAUGCCAAGUUUGAAACUUAUUGAUGGUCUUAUCAAAAUGAUCGAUGAUAAAACAAUAAUGGAUAUGGUUGCACACUUACCUUCUGAUCAUUAUGUACAUGUUUAUGUGGAGGUGAAGUCAAAUAAUUAUUGGGAUAGAAAUGAAGAGAACAAUGUUAACAAUAAAAAUAGUGACAAUAGUGAUAAUGAAGAUCCAGAUUAUGAAGAAUCUAGAUUUGAGGAGAGUGAUAAUGAAUUAGAGGAUUACGAAGACUUUUUUGAACAUGAGGUGGAUCUAGGGCUUGAUGGUGGUGCUACAAUUUUGAUUGGAGGUUAUCCUACUAGUAAUAUUCCAGAAAAUGAAGGACUUAAUAGUGAUAACUCACAUGAACUACAUAGCCUGUAUGAGUCUGACGAUGAUGGCACUUCUAAGAGAAGGUAUCCAGAGUUCAAUGAGAGUGUUGACAUGGAGAAACUAAAGUUGGUUGUAGGAAGGUUAUUCAAAGAUAGGGAAUUAUUGAAACAAGCUAUUAAACAAGAAGCAAGGAUGAAUAGGGUGGAAGUUAAGUUUGAAAAGAAUGAUAAGAAAAGGGUUAAGGCAAUUUGCAAGGAAGAGAAUUGUCCUUGGGAAAUGUGGGCAUCACUCGCUGAUUUUGCCAUUGAUCCUAAUGAUUGUAUGUACCCUUUGGCAUUUGCAAUAGUUGAAUCUAAGUUGAAAGAUUCAUGGAGUUGGUUUUUAGACCAAUUAAAUGAUGACUUUGAUAUUGUAAAUACACAUGGAUGGGGCUUUAUGUCAAACAAACAGAAGGGACUUGUACCAGCUCUUGAAAAGAAGUUUCCAAACUCAGAACAUAGGUUUUGUGUAAGGCAUCUCUACAACAAUUUCAAAACAAAUCACAAGGGUACAACUUUGAAGGAAAUUUUAUGGAAAGCUGCAAGGUCCACAUAUGAGCAGGAGUUCAAGCAAGCAAUGUUUGAAAUGAGAUGUCGGUCACCAAAUGUAGCUGAUUGGAGGACAUUUACUUGUAGAAAAUGGGACCUUAGUGGUAUCCCUUGUAUGCAUGCAGUGGCUGCCAUAUUAUAUAAUAAUGAAAAUGUUUAUGAUCAUGUUCCCCCCUGCUAUAAAGUCGAAACCUUCAUCAACCUCUACAGCAACUUCAUAACUCCCAUUAGAGGUGCUCCCCAGUGGGAAAAAGGUGAUAUGCCACCUGUACAACCACCAGUUAUAAGAAGAGCAGCUGGAAGGCCAAAGAAAGCAAGGAGAAAAGUUGUUGAUGAAAAGGAAAAGCAACCUGGAAAAAUGGGAAGGAAAGGGGUUAAAAUGAGAUGUACUUUAUGUGGCAACAUUGGCCAUAACAAGAGGAGUUGUAGACCUCAACCCAAGGACCAAAGGAAUCUCAAUGUUAAGAAGGCACCUGUCAUAAAUGAAACAUUAGUUCCUAACUUAAGUGAUCAGAACAAUUCUCAAAGUCAAGUGACCACUAGAUGGUUUGCCAAUGGGUCUAGUCAAAUAGUGUAUACGUCACCAAAUGCUACUCCUGUCAUUGUUAAUCAUUCACCAACUCAAGCUUAUGCAAUUUCAUUUGAAGCUGCUUCAAAUUUAUUUCAUUCUUAUGCUUCAUGCCAACCUUCAGCUGAUGCUUCAUCUCAAGCAAUGUCAACAAUAUCACAAUGGGCUGAAGUAUUGUCUGCAGAUGCUUUCUUGGCAUUUGAGGCUGCUGGAUUAGAUUAUAGCAAGGCUGUUACAGAAACGGGCUGGGAGUUCCAAGAGACAAUUCUUGCUCGUGGAGGUGGAAAAGCACCACUAGAGGUCUUUAUUGAAUUCCGAGGUCAUGAACCUUCACCAGAGGCACUGCUCAGGCACAACGGACUAUUACCAGUGACAGCCUCUGCAUGAUUAAAUAUAUGGUUUUAAAUUUU